AUGUCGCAAAUAGACCUAAUAGAAGAUGCCACUUUGCCCAGAUUGGAGUCCAAGCCACAAUCACAGUCUGGAUCGGACAUCACGAUCGCUCAGAGAAUGCUGAGCGCAUGCACCGGGUCGUUGUUAACAUCUCUGGUGGUAACACCUUUUGAUGUGGUGCGAAUCAGGUUGCAGCAGCAAGAACUGCUUUUUCCUCCACAUUUCCGUCAAACUGCAACUUGCUGUAAAAAAGUGUUCUGGGAGGAUGCUACAAAACCGAGCAAGGAUCACUUUUGCUCAAGCAACGUAUGUGCGCAAGAAUUCAAGAUUAACGGUACGUUCUCGGGACUUACAAAGAUUGCUCUCAAUGAAGGAGUUUUUACGCUUUAUAGAGGUUUGUCCCUGAUGCUCAUCAUGGCGGUACCAUCCAAUAUGGUCUACUUUAGCGGGUAUGAGUACCUGCGAGAUAGAUCUCCUUUGAGAAAUCAGUUUCCGAUUUUCAACCCUCUUCUUUGUGGGUCCUUCGCGCGAAUCAUGGCUGCAACAGUUGUGGCCCCAUUAGAGUUGAUAAAGACCAGGCUUCAAGCUGUUCCUACAUCGACGUCAACGUCCUCCGAAAUAAUGAAGAUGGUCGUUACGAACUCGUUCAAAGAAGUGCAAAAUAAGGGAAUUUUCUCUCUGUUUAAAGGGCUGCAGCUGACCCUUUGGCGCGAUGUUCCAUUCAGCGGAAUAUAUUGGUCUUCUUACGAAUACCUCAACGGCAAACUACAGAGGCUGCAAAUUCUCAACUCGUCAGAGCAUGAGCAUGCCGAAAUAUUUGCUAGGUCGUUUAUUAGCGGCUCUCUUUCGGGCGUGCUGGCAGCAAUCUUUACUAAUCCUUUUGACGUUGGGAAAACACGACUGCAGGUAACUUUGGAAGACGCCGGGUCCUUGAACAAGCUUGUGAAUUCAAAAAGCACCAAAGAAUCGAUGUUUAAAUCGUUGCAUACCAUCUAUAAAAACGAGGGCAUGAGCUCGCUCUUUGUGGGUCUAGCUCCACGGUGCCUUAAAAUUGCGCCUUCGUGUGCUAUAAUGAUCUCCACAUACGAAAUCAGCAAGAAAUUAUUUGCAGACAUGAUAUAA